CUUGUUUUAGCGACCUUUCAACAGGAUGAAAGGCGGAAUUUCAAUGCGAAAUGCUGCUAAGCAUCUCACCAGGUGUGCUAACGAUUCUGUCAGCCCGCCGCUUUAAUCAUAAAUAUUGCAAGACAUUUUGUUCGACACUACAGAUGUCACUCUCAUCACCUAGUGAUUUUAGAAAUAAUAUUAGAGAUAGGGUAGGAGAGAGAAAGAACGAGUGAGUAAAAAAAUAGAUAUAUUGUGAGAAGAGAAUAAAGGAAAAUAGAAAGACAGAGUAGGAAAAAAAAAGAAGGAUGACAACAGAGGAGAAAUAAACACAAUGAGAAAACAUAACAAACGAGAAUAAACGAGAUUUUGCCAGUCGUUGCUCGGCCUAUGCUAGAAAAUAUAUCGUUUGUAAUGCUUUAUUCAUAAAACAAGUUGUUGUUGAGAGUGACUAAGUAUUUAGCUUUUUUAUGAAGUGUCAACGUUAUCACACGUGACAUGGGAGACACUAACAAUAAUGAAUACUUGGGCGCUUUAGAGAUCGUGGCUGUAGUUGAUCAACAUCCAAGUAAUAACAUCAGCGCUUUACAUGCACAAAUGAGCCCCGUGAAAGAAAUGACUGACCAUUACAUCCAGUUUGUUUCCAAGACUUCUGGUCGUGACAAACUCUGCAGGUUGAUUCAGUACAGCAGUAAAUUUGCUUGGUGGUACAUUCAGAAAAGCCACUACCAGGCUCCACUGGUGCAGAAGUUAAAAUUAUUGGACAGCUCCAUCAGUACAUCUCGCAAAAUGUUUCGUUUUGGGAAAAGUUUUGAACUGCUGAACAGUACAUUAAAGACUUUACAUGUUGAUGAUAUAGUCUUGAGAACCUUGAUCUCUUUAGCGAAGAUCAAUAAUGCCUUGUAUCUGCUGUUUGAUAAUUUAAUUUGGUUGGACCGUGUUGGUAUUUUAAAGAUCAAUCGCUCUAAGAUUUCUGAAUUAUCUGCCCAGUUCUGGCUGGCAAGUAUUUUAUGCAGCAUUGGAAGAGACUUUUACCAACUGGGGUGUAUAACUAACAACACUGCUAUGAAGAAUUGCUCUCAGUUACAGCUGUAUGUUUUUAGUUUGCUGAAAAACAAGCCAUUAUUGUUUGAUCUAAUACGUAAUACCACAGACUUACCUUUACCUAUGGCCAUGUUACAUCAUGUUAACCUUUCCCCUGGAGUAUUGGGCCUUCUGGGAAUGAUUUCCUCCUACAUUGGCAUCCUAACAGAAUGGAAUCCUGAUUAUAAAAUUUUCCCUUCAUAAAUUCUUUCAGAUAAAUAUUACUUUUUCUUUCAGUUCUUUUAUAUCUAUAUUAUUUUUCACCAUGUUUUCUGUGGGAACUUAAUGAAUUAUAAGAUAUCUUAUUGCAGUAGGUUCAUUAUAUGAAGACAAAAUAUUUUUUGAUAUCCUUAAUAAUUUAAGGAAUUAUGUGACAUUCAUUUGUUUUCUUAUAAUUAUUUUUUAAGAGCUGAUGCCUCUUGUUUCUGUUGCUAAUUAAGCAACUGUUGCACAUCCAUAUUUUUCAUGCUAAUAUAACCAGGAUAGAUAUUUUUACAAAUGUAAUUGAAAUGCCUAGAUGAACUCAUGUUGCCUGACAUUUUUCAAUAGUAACGAGUAUUUAAAUUUUAAGAAAGGUUAGCAAAUAUUUAUUCAGAGGUAGUAGGGUUUACUUUUUUGUAUUGAAGAUAGUUACUUUUUUUUUAGUUCACUUAGAAGUGGUAAUGAUAGCCAUUAUCAUCAUCUUCAGAUCAAGCGUGCUUGAAUUCACUCGACCCUGAUCCUAUACUCAUUUCUAUUUGCCAUGACAGGUGAUAAUUCCACCCAAUGACAUCCAGUAAUAUUUGUUUCUAUGGGGCAACCAAUACAAUUAUGGUUAUGUCAAGCUGUCCAGAAGAGAGUGUCAGUAAUCAGCUCCUCCUUACUUCAACAGAAAGCAAAGUAAACUUUUCUUUCUUGAAUAGUGUUUGAUACUGUAGGAUUUUGGAAGCUUUUUGUACAGUCUUUCUUGUAUAGGAUGUUCUUUCCUGGACAUUUUCAAAAUAGCAUGAUGCAUGCACAUGUAGGUGCCAUCAAGUAUACUUUCAAACCUUCUUGUUAGUAUCCAUGUAGAAGAGUCAUAAAGUAUUGCAGAUUCAAACACUUCAUGAAAAAAGUUCCUGUUUAGAUACUUUAAAAGGUGAGAUAUCUGUAUAAUGUUGACACUAAAGUAUUGUAUAAACUUUGUUGAUACAUGUUGGUAUGUAAAAAAGUUUACUGGUUUUAUCAAUCUUAGACAAUGAAGUGAUCAUCCCCUCCAAGUUGUAAUUGAUGAAUUUAAUUUUUCUAGUGUUACAUAAGGAUUAAUGCCUCUUGUGGCAUCUUUCAGAAUGUGAAAGAGGAUAGUGGCUCCUAUUGUAAACAAUAUUAGGGUUAAGUCUUCAGAUAACUCUGCAUCUGUUAUUGUAGAAGCUAGGUAUCUGGAACUUCUUAAUUUUGUGAAGAUAAUGCCAUGUUCCAUGUUGUAAUCUAUUGAAAUGUAGAGAACAUAGUCAAGACAGAGUAUGAAUAAGAAAGAUGCUAGUGUCUCCUUGUAAAACACCAUAAAAAAAAAUCUAAAAAAAUUCUAUGCUCAAAUGUUUCUGUAGAGUAUCUACUAUUUCUUGAAGGAUUCCAUAGAUCGGUAGAAUUUAUAGUAUCUUAUGUUUGUGAACUGAGUAAUGUACAAAUAACAGAAAGGCUGGAAGCUUCUUUACUGAAACACCAUCUAUUAGACAGUUAAUGAAAAAUUUUCUCGGAUUCCAGCUGCUAAUACCCCAGUAACUCUCUGCUAAGUCAAGUCACCUUUUUCAAACAAAGGGAGGAUACAGUCUUCAGUCUAUUUAUUGGGUGGAUUUUGACUGUAGACAGAGUUAAUCAGUUAAAGUGUAUCAUUAAAUGAUCUGGUUUCAAAUAUCUUUUUAGUCAGAGCACUGUUAGUUCAUCUGCUGUGUAGUUACUCACUUUGAUAUUCAGUUUGUAGUUUAUACUAGUUUCUACAAGCAUGUCAGUAAUGAUUGAUGGUUUCCCAAGAUGCUGAAAGUGGGUAAUCCAUUAGUGAAGGUUAUCCUGUUGGCUGGAGGCUUUUAAUUCUACUUUAUUUGCCUUUUCUGGUCACAGAUUUCGUUAGCAGUCUGUCAUACUAAGGAAUGCUGUUGAUUAUCAAUCAGCAGAGUAGUUUUGGUGCUCCAAUUCAUGUGUUUCAGUGAGUUGGUUUGUAUACUAUUAGCACUUCUAACAUCACCCAAACUUGCAGUAGUUUUUGAAUGGAUCUUGUUUUAUAAUGAUACUACUUGAUUGACUUUGUAGAGCUUGUAGAUUUGGUUAUUUAGAGUUUAAGAUCUUGGUCAUAGACAUGGUGUAGUGCUGAUAACAAGAUAUGAACUACUAGUCUUUUGGCUGGGUGUCUGAUACUGUAUUGACUCAGUCAUUGCUAACACUUAUGAGUUUAUGAAAUAGAAGUAGAUUAACAAGGUUUAAAACUGAGGGUAGAAGGUCAUCAGUUCAUAGCCAUUACAGAUGUUCUCUCUCUCAGUAACACGGUUUUGAAAGGCAUAGAUUUAACCUACAAUAGAAUUCUGCUCAGACCUCAGGGAUGAUUUUUAUAUAAGCAUACACAUAUUCUUAAUUGCAAAAACAAAAUUAUCCAAAUAAGCAUGGGUGGGCUGUAUUCUCUUCCUGCUUCUUGUAUUGAAAUUAUAAGAAGUUUUCUCUUGAAUUUGUUAGUUGUAUAUCACCUACUUUGCCUCCUCUCAUUUCUCAUAUUGCCUUACUCCCAGGCCUUGUACUAUGCAUUUCCCAAUCCUUGCCAGAUCUCUGCCACUCAUUCUCAUACCUAUGUUUUCUCUCCAACCACUGACUUUAGAAAAUUCGAACUGAACACUGAUUCUAUUAAAUAAAGCCAUUUAUACCUUAUCAAUGAGGACUAAGAAAGGAAAUGAGCAUUUUCAUUCUUUAAAGUAAAUUGAAAAUCAAAAUUGUUAUCUAUAUUACAAUUCAGCAAACUUUGGUCAUUAGCUACCAGAUUUAUUACCUAUAACUGACGAGCACCAUAUCUGCGAUGGUAGUAUUCAUCUCUCCUCUCCUUCAUGCUACUGUGAUUCAUAUUGACAUUUGUUCUUUUAUCAUAAAAAUAUUUGCAAACCAAGCUAUUCAUUUUACUUACCAUGCAUACAGUCACAUUCAUUUAUGCAAUUCCCUUCUAAUGCAUGAGUUUAUUUAUUUUCCAAUGUUAUUUAUUUUUCUAUAAUGUAAUUUUGAUUGAACUAUUUAUCUUCCAUUUAAAUUGAAAUUUUAUAAAAUUUAUUGAACUAAAAAAGUUUUUAAAAAGAUUUGGUAUUAAAAAUUAUUUCCUUUUAUCUUAA